CACUCGGUCCCUGGUCCCGGCAGUACCAUGGCGGCCUACAUGACAUCGUCUGCUCUGGCCAAAACAAUCCUGCAAAACGAGAGAUUCGCCCACUCCCUACUCAGACACAACAUCCAGAGGAAUAUCCAGCAGAGGAGGAAAACCAGAGCAACAUUUCCUGCGAGUUUGCCGGCGCUGUCGUGCUUUCAUCCCUCGCAAACGGACGUCCAGAGUUUAUCUUGGAGAGAAUAUCAUUCCUUGAGAGAGCCGCGGAAUAUCCUGUCGAAAGCUCACGUCAGCCGCACAUUUCUGAGUCCUCUGAAUCAUCUCGGUCACCAGUUCCUCAGUCACCAGACUCGAGAUGAAGUCAGCUUUUGGAGAUACGCGUGUAUCAAGCACCCAUGCCAAAUAAGGUGCCUGCAGACGGGCGACGCAAGCAGGGAGGCCGGGGAGACGAGGGAGCAAAGUCCGCCAGUAGCAACAUGGGAGGCUGUAAGGGAGAAGAAGAACCAGUUCAAGGAAGCUGGCCAGGACCUGUUAGAUGACAUCAAAGAGAAGAAAGCAAAAGUCAGGGAAAGAAUGGAUGCUAUCAUUGAGCGUGAAAACAUAUGGACCAUCCCAAACCUCCUGUGUGUCAGCCGCAUUGCCUUUUCGCCAUACUUGUGUCACUUAGUCCUCUCAGCUGAUUACAACUGGGCUCUUGGACUCUUCAUGUUUGCAGGGUUUACAGAUUUGCUGGAUGGAUGGAUUGCCCGCACCUUCCCAAGCCAGGCUUCACGUCUUGGGAGUUUCCUGGACCCCCUUGCGGACAAGGUCUUGGUCGCCCUGCUCUUCCUCUCCCUUACUUAUGUCGGUCUUAUUCCAUUGCCACUGACUGGACUGAUUAUCUACCGUGAUGUCCUCAUUAUUGGUGGUGCUUCCUAUGUGCGGUACAAAAGCCUGCCACCUCCGAAAACCAUCUCUCGUUACUUCGAUGCAACCCAUGCCACUGCCCAGCUAGCUCCAACAACCAUAAGCAAGGUUAACACUGCCAUUCAGCUUAGCCUUAUCACUGCCUCCCUCGCAGCUCCAGUCUUCUCCUUCUCAGACCACUACCUUCUGACUGGACUCUGCUGGGUGACUGCAGCAACCACUCUAAGUUCAGGCAUUAGUUACAUCUUCUCAAGGAAUACGUAUAAGAUCCUAGAAAAAAUGAAAGAAGAAUCCAAACAAUGAAGAACUUGUGGUAACUUUUGCUCCAUUUGUCAUCAACUGAUGUACUCAAUACCGUGUUCAGGGAUUCUGAAGUUCACUGAUUGAUAUUAACUUGAGUGCAGGUUAUUCCAGCUCGUAUUUUUCUCUGAAUCGUUUUCAGUAUAGUCAUCUGUUAAUUUGUUGUAUUCAAUAUUGUGUUCCCAGGUACUUUUGAGGUUUGCUGAUUGAUAUUAUCUUUGCAGUUAUUUCAGUAUAUACAUUUUUUUUCUCUGAAUUGUUUUCUGUCUAAUAUUCUUCAUGUAGAUAAACAAAAUGAAUAUGAAUGCAGUUAUUAUCUUCCGUUAUUGUAGCCUGUUUACAUUCAGUUGUAUGUCUUGGAUGAUUUGACCAUUUUUUAUUGACUUUUGCAUCAUAUAUUUGUAAAUUUAUGCGUCAGAUAAGGUCGAAAGGGCUAUAUUUUUACAAAACAGCAAAAUGGUAUAUUUUUUACAAACCAGCAAAUAUGGAAUGAUUGUUAGUGUAAACAUAAUUAAUAUAAUUUCAGAGAUGGCAUCCUCUCACCUUUUUAAUAGAAUUUGAAAGUUUAUGUUUCAAAAUCUUUUUGUUAAAUCUAUUCAUGUUUGGUUUCUAUUCUGUUGUCUAUUUCUAUUUCUAUUCUGUUGUUCUUUUUUGCUUUUAUAUGAGAUUAAAAGCUUGUAAAAAAAUUGUGAAUAAAGGAAGUAUGACUAUAA